AAUAAAAGAAGCGAAUAAAUACAUCUGGCACAGCCGGGUGAACCGAUCACUGCACGUGAUCACAGAAUGUCCCUUUGAGCUUCCUGGUAGCUGAAGCAAAAAAGGAAAAGAAUUUGACCACAAGGUCAUAUGCAAAAAAAAAAAAAAAAAAGGAAAAGAACAGGAAAAGAUAAAGAAAUUCUUCUGGAAAGAAUUCUGGAGGAGACCAGGGCUCAGCUGUACACACUGGGGACAUCAGACCCCUCGACAGUGACGGUCUCUGCGUGUUUCUUUUCCUUUAGAGAAUCAGUGCACCCAAAAAUGUUGAGAGCGUAACCGUGAAUUGCACUGAGGCCCUUUCCAGAGCCGGCCAGGGUAGCUCUGUCCCUCCCCGCUAUUCCCAGAGGGGGCGGCGGAGUCCGGGUCUGACCGUGACUUAGGCCGGCUCUCGGGGAAAAGGGCUGCCGGCCGCGCAGCACGGGACUAGUGGCCUGGUCACAGGCUGUGGGGCCGUGCUCCCCGUGAGUGUGGGAGGCAGAGGCCACAGCCGCAGGCGAGGGCCCUCCAAGGGACUGCGAGUGUGCGGCUAAGGAUGCGUUGUUGCUUGGCGGCCGGUCCUCAGGGCCUUGCUCGUCGUGGUUUUCAGGACAACCGGCUUUGUGAACCUGGCUUUCGGCUUCUCAGGAGCUUUCGGCAGCAGAGGGUGGUUUACCUCUGACUUUCCGGAACUCUCGGGGGAGGGCUGCUGAGACCCGUAGGAGUGAGGACAGUGCGCCCCUUUACUCGAAGUGUUUAUCAGAAGAAGCACUUGUGCUGAGUCUUGCCUGCGGGCUUGUACUUGUUGGUAAGGAAAGGUACCUUGCUCUGGAGAAACCUGCUGAUUAUCCGUGUUUUCAUCAUUUUAAACGUUGGGCAACUUGAAGUCACGGCUUCUGACGCCCACACAAAUGCCCCAUCUGCUCCCGGCCUGUGUGGCUUCAGCGGGAUUCAGGCCUCCCGCUGGGUCUGGGAGCCAGGCAUCUGGGUCUUUGUGGGGUCUUGGUCCUGGGCACCCGCUGUCGAGGGCCUGGACAGCAGUGUGAGCGGGGAGCCUCGCUGGCUGCCUGCUGGCCGGGGCGCCCUUCCCCAUCCCUAUGGAGCCCAGACUGUGCGGUGAAUGGGGCAGGGCCCGCAGCGGUGGUGGCACAAGGCAGCUCAGACGUGGCUGAACUCCGAGAGGCGCCUCUGGGUGGGGUUCCCACUGCCCGCCGCAGAUGUGUGGGAGACCUGCAGACCCAGAGAGCUGGACAGCACGGGCGGGGCCUUGGAGCAGGUGCCGUGUCUCUGCUCUGCUCACCGUCCUCGGCAAACACGGCCGCCGCCUCUGUUUGUUCCCAGCGUCUCCGGUGUCCGGUGCGCCAGACCUUAUCAGAUGCAAGCGGGUGGGGCCAGGACACGUGGUCAGGUCUGAGGCUUCCGGCUCGCGCGUGUCUCUGCGGGCAGUGUGGGGCCUGCGCGCGGCCGACCGUCUGUCCCCUUCACGGCAGCAUGGGGAGUCGCACCGCAGAGAUGUCCCUUCUCCCUGAACCGAGGCCGAGGCGGGCCCAGACGUUCCUUUCUCCUCCGGUGCCCAGAGCCGGCCGGCCGGGACACCUGUGUACACACGCGGGUGGGGUGAGCAGCUGUCAGCCUGUGGACGGCCGUCACCCUCAGUGCUUGGUCUCAGCUCAGGGCUGAAACGGAAGUAAAGAGUCAGCUGGUCCCUCGCGCAGAUUUAGGGAGCAAAGUUCAGUGGGAAAGGCUGGUGGGUAAGCGCGGAGGGCAGCAGGACCGGGCGCAGUGGAGAGCGUCUUCCUGGUGCUCCCAGACCAUGGGGGAUGGACGCGCCGCCCGCAUCUCUGUGGCAGAGAUGAAGAGCUACUAUGUCUAUUCUGAGUGGUGCACCUGGCUGCUGUCAGUCGCUGAAGAUGAAAUCAUGCACCGGGACAUCAGCCCGCUCUGCGCCGCGGACAUCCAGGACCAGCUGAAGAAGCGCUUCGCGUAUCUGUCUGGUGGGCGCGGGCAGGACGGCAGCCCCGUCAUCACCUUCCCAGACUACCCGGCCUUCAGCGACGUCCCCGACAAGGAGUUCCAGAAUGUCAUGACCUACCUCACCAGCAUCCCCAGCUUGCAGGACGCUGGCGUCGGAUUCAUCCUGGUCAUAGACCGAAGGCAGGACAAAUGGACGUCCGUGAAGGCGUCGAUCCUGCGGAUAGCAGCGUCCUUCCCGGCAAACCUCCGGCUUGUGCUGGUUCUGCGGCCCACGGGGUUGCUCCAAAGGACCCUCUCGGACCUGGCGCUCAAAUUCAACAGAGAUGACUUCAACAUGAAGGUGCCGGUCAUAAUGCUGAGCUCAGUACCCGAAUUACACAGUUACAUCGACAAGUCCCAGCUAACCGAGGACCUGGGCGGGACCCUGGAUUACUGCCACACCAGGUGGCUGUGUCACCGCACAGCGAUCGAAGGUUUCGCCCUCAUGGUAAAGCAGACGGCUCAGAUGCUGCAGUCCUUCGGCACCGAGCUGGCCGAGACGGAGCUGCCCAACGACGUGCCGUCCACGAACUCGGUGCUCUGCGCACACACAGAGAAGAAGGACAAAGCGAAGGAGGACAUGAAGCUGGCACUGGAUGAGGGGCGGAGCCUUCUGGAGAACAUCAGGGAGCCUCUGGGCAAGUGUGGGGAGCAGAGCCUGAACCAGGACCAGCUAGACAACCAGACCACUGUGCAGAGGCUCCUGGACCAGCUGACCGAGACCGAGGCCGCUUUCGAUGAGUUCUGGGCGAAGCACGAGCAGAAGCUCCGGCAGUGCCUGCAGCUGCGGCAGUUCGAGCAGGAUUUCCGUGAGGUCAAAGCCUCCUUAGAUGCACUGGCCCAGAAGAUAGCAACCUUCACCGACGUGGGCAACAGCCGGGCACACGCAGAGCACCUCCUGAAGGACCUCGCCAGCUUCGAGGACAAGUCGAGCGCCUCCGUGGAGCGCGCCCGCGGCCUGUCCCUGGAAGGCGAGCAGCUCAUCGACAGCAAGCACUAUGCCGUGGACUCCAUCCGCCCCAAGUGCCACGAGCUCCAGCACCUGUGUGAGCAGGUCGUGGCCGAGGUGGAGCGGCGGAGGGAGUUACUCAGCAAGUCCUUGGAGCUGCACCACCUCCUGGAAGCGUCCAUGAAAUGGUGCGACCAGGGCAUCUACCUGCUGGCCUCGCAGCCAGUGGACAAGUGCCAGUCCCAGGAUGGCGCCGAGGCGGCCCUGCAGGAAAUCGAGAAAUUUCUGGAAACUGGCGCAGAGAAUAAGAUCCAGGAGCUCAGUAAAAUUUACCAGGACUACGAAUCCAUCCUCACGAAAGACCUGAUGGAGCACGUGCAGAAGGUCUUCCAGAAGCAAGAGGGCAUGGAGGAGAUGUUCCACCGGAGACAGGCCAGCCUGAAGAAGCUGGCGGCCAAGCAGAUGCGGCCCGUGCAGCCCGUGGCCCCCCGGCCAGAGGCGCUCACGAAAUCACCCUGCCCCUCUCCAGGCAGCCGGAGGGGCUCUGAGAACAGUUCUGAGAGCAGCGGGCUCCGGAGAGGGCCCUACAGGAGGGCCAAGAGCGAGAUGAGCGAGAGCCGGCCAGGCCGGAGCAGCUCGACGGGGGAUGAGGAGGAGGGCCUGGCCAUCUUGCGGAGGCAUGUGAUGAACGAGCUCUUGGAUACAGAGCGGGUCUACGUGGAGGAGCUGCUCUGUGUCCUGGAGGGCUACGCCGCAGAACUCGAUAACCCCCUCAUGGCGCACCUCGUGUCACCGGGUCUCCAGAACAAGAAGGACGUUCUGUUUGGAAACAUGGAGGAGAUCUACCACUUUCAUAACAGGAUAUUCCUCAGGGAGCUGGAGGGCUACACGGACUGCCCGGAGCUGGUUGGGAGGUGCUUCCUGGAACGGAUGGAGGAGUUCCAGAUCUACGAGAAGUAUUGCCAGAACAAGCCGCGCUCCGAGAGCCUGUGGAGACAGUGCUCCGACAGCCCGUUCUUCCAGGAAUGCCAGCGGAAGCUGGACCACAAGCUCAGUCUGGACUCCUACCUGCUGAAGCCGGUCCAGAGAAUCACCAAGUACCAGCUGCUGCUCAAGGAGAUGCUGAAAUACAGCAGGAGCUGCGCGGGGGCCGAGCACUUGCAGGAGGCCCUGAGCUCCAUCCUGGGCAUCCUCAAGGCCGUCAACGACUCCAUGCACCUGAUCGCCAUCACUGGCUAUGACGGGAACCUGAGCGACCUGGGGAAGCUGCUGAUGCAGGGCUCCUUCAGCGUCUGGACAGACCACAAGAAGGGCCACUCCAAGGUGAAGGACCUGGCCAGGUUCAAACCCAUGCAGCGGCACCUCUUCCUGCACGAGAAGGCCGUGCUGUUCUGCAAGAGGAGGGAGGAGAGCGGCGAGGGCUACGAGAAGGCCCCGUCCUACAGCUACAAGCAGUCCCUGAACAUGGCGGCCGUCGGCAUCACGGAGAGCGUGAAGGGCGACGUGAGGAAGUUUGAGAUCUGGUGCAACGCCCGGGAGGAGGUGUACAUCGUACAGGCACCGACCCCCGAAGUCAAGGCUGCGUGGGUGAGCGAGAUCCGCAAGGUGCUGACCAGCCAGCUGCAGGCCUGCAGAGAAGCCAGUCAGCACCGUGCGCUGGAGCAGUCCCAGAGCCUGCCUCUGCCCGCGCCGCCCGGCACCAGUCCUUCGAAAGGGACCACGAGAAACAUCAAGAAGUUGGAGGAAAGGAAGACCGACCCCCUGAGCCUGGAAGGCUAUGUGAGCCCCACGUCACUGCUGAAGCCGCCAGAGAAGGGCCGAGGUGGGUGUCCGCGCCGCGAGCCGCGAGCCGCGAGCCGGCGUGUCCAGGACGCGCAACGCUGCCUGCAGGGCUGGGACGGUCCUCCCGGCAGCCGCGUGCCCCAGGGAAGCGCCGUGGCCCACUCGGCCGCCCCACACCGCCCUCUCUCUCCCUGCGUAGAUGACUCGGUGCCCAGCUCCACCUCUGAAAGCUCCGCGCUUUCCAGAAAGCGCUUUACCCUGCAGGGCUUUCCUAACCUCAAGGGUCAGAAAGUGUCUCCUACCAGCCCCGACAAAAAAGCUAAGCGACACGAAGUGAAGAGCGACCCCACGCCUUUUGGUGUACGAGGUUGGACUAAAACCUCUCAGCCCUCGGAAGCCCCUGAGGACGACGGCUGGUCCAGUGCUGAAGAGCUGAUUAAUUCCUCGGACGCAGAGGAGGAAGGCAGAGUGGGGCCCAGGAAGCUGGUUCCAGGAAAGUACACGGUCGUGCUGGGCGACGAAAAGGGAAGCCCUGACGCGUUUGCCGUGAGAAGUGGGGACGUGGUGGAGGUGGUACAGGAGGGUGACGAGGGCCUUUGGUAUGUCAGGAACCUGACCUCCAGCAAGGAAAGCUGGGUGCCGGCCAGCAGCCUGGCCUCGCUCCUCUGCACAUCUGGCUCAGCUCAGUGCCUGAGCAGCUCAGAGUCCAGUGCGGGGUCCACCCUGCUGAGUGCCUCCUCCAGCUGCGGCGAGAGCUGUGGGGCCCCCCUCUCAGAGCUCCAGGGGUAGCGCCGGGCCGUGCAGGACAGCAGCCUGCGAGCCUCUAAGUUUUCCUUUGCUUGGGCUUGCUUAGUUUGGUGAGGGGACGGUGCUCUAAGACCCUGGGGAAUGAGGACCCUGCCAAGACCCCACCGAGGAGCCGCCCGCUGCCCAUGGAGCUCCGAGGUGCAGAUGCAGGGGCUGCAGAGAGAAGGUUCUGGAAGUCUGCCCUCCGGCCUCCACACCGGGACCAGCCCCGCAGACGGUGCAGAAGCCAGGUGCAUGGGAAGACCAAAGUGCACCGAGCUUUCCGGGAAAACCAGGACGGACGGAGGGCGCCAGGCCGUUGCCAGGAGCCGGUCCUGGCCGCUCAGUGUGUCCCGGCAUUGCUGGUCCGGUGCCUCCUGCAGGAGCAAGUGUGUUGUGGGAGAGGCGAGUCCGCUGACCCAGCAGCGUGGUGGGGUGACUGUUUUGUCUUUUACAAGUUUUUUUUAAAGCAGGGAUUAAUUCCAUGGCCAUUUUUUGUGGUACUCUGGCCGCUAAUCUUUACCAGGAAUCACUGUGUUUACAUGAAAUGACAAUUUGAUACUGUAUUUGAUAUAAAAGUAUUUUCUGUUACCGGGGUUUACAGAACAGCACGUUGUUUGUACUGCUGGGAGAUCUGGGGCUCUCAGGGGGACCGGAGCCCCCCAAACCCACCUGGGAACAGGCCCCUGGUAAAAUCCAGCAGUGUUUCUACAAACAGCAGUAGAAACCACGGAGACGCCCUUAUCUGUGUAAGUUAAUUUUCAAAAGAAAAUUUAAACUCUAAGUUAAAAUAUUUAGCUUCUUUUCUACCAAAAAAAAAAGGGGGGGGGACUUGAUUUUUUUAACUAGCUUCACAGAAUUGGAAUUUUUUAUUGUUUUUAAAGAAUCAGCGAAGUGUGGUUUUGCUGGGUACUGUGUGAAGCAGUCCCCACACGGGCCUCGGGGAAACCGCGAGCCUCUGCCGGCCUCCGCGGCCACCUCCCGCGCUCCGUCAACCCCCUGAACUCGGAAACGCAAGGAGUCCGUUACUGAAGCCGAGGCAGGACCCGAAAGAAAACACUUCUGCUUUACCUUUUUGUUUCAGAAACAAAUUCUGUUCUUUGGAAACACAGUCUGUAUCUGCUGGGGGCGGAUAGUUUUCUGUGUGCAUGUGUGGGUGUGUACGUAGGGGUCCCGUGUCAGGGACGCGCUGGAAACUGUCCCUCACGACCCUCCCUGAGCCCCGCACCCGCCGCCCGUGAGGCCCCUGGUGGCCGACCUCCAUGUGUCUCCGUGGCCUUCCUUGGCGUCUAGGCGUGGGACGGGCCGUGUCUGAUGGUUUCCUCCGUGGGCUGCUCAGCCGGAGCA